AUGCCGCCGGUGCCAUCUCCAUCAAGCUCCGCCGGCGUCGUCAAGGUCGUCGCGGCGUCGUCGGCGCGGCACAGGGUACGGGGGAACCCGUCCCUGCCGGCUCCUCCUCUGCGGCCGCCACCGCCUGGGGAGCUCGUGCCCGCCGCAGCCGCCUACGCCUGCAGGCCGCCGGUUCACCGUCGAUGCAUCCUCCGCCAUCCACGCUGCCGCCCGGAUCUGGAUGUCGUCGUCGUUGCGGUCAAUCCCAUCUCGCCGAGCUCCGGCCUCGCCGUCGUCACCAUCUCCACCCGGCCGGAUGACGCCGGCACCUGCCUCGCCGUCUCCUGUGCCGCUGCGGGGGGACUCGCCUCCACCGCCGACUUGUGCGGGUCGCCGCUGCCCGGAUUCCUCGCUACCCCUCCUGGGACUCCACGAUGGGCGCCCGCCGGUCUCCGCCGCGUUGCUCCCGGCGGCGCCCCGAUACCGCCGCCGCCGGGGGGACGGAUUCCGCCCUCACCGAGCACGAGCUCCCUCCACCGCCUCCCGCCGUCCGCCGCCUCCCGCCAUCCGCCUUGCUACGCCGGCGCCCUCCGUCGGCCCGAUGCCCCUGGCUCCUCUCAUAAUCUCCCAAAUCAAGCGUCGGGGCCAGAAGAUCGAUCCCCACGCCAUCAAUCUCCAUCACAGCAUCCUCGGAGCUAG